CCGAAAUCCAAGUCCGAAACAAGAUAAAAAAACCUGGAUCCUAAUCCGAACUUGAGACAAGUCUCCAUUUACAUCAACAUCAACAACAACAACAACAACCCACGCCGCACCUUGACAUCAUUGGAAAAUUGCAACCUUUUUCACGAGGUAGCGCCUCCAAACUUGACAACACUGGAGGUACCAGCUUUUCUCCACCCCUCUCUCUCCAACAAACCUCAAUUUCGAUAUCAAUCAAGCCCAACCAACGAAACCACAACAACCUGGAAAAAUGCCAAUCACCACACCCACAAUCCUAGGCCUUCCCACCUCCCACCUCCCCCUCCUCCUCCACUUAUUAAUCGAAACCCCCGCCUCGCUCUCCUUCCUCUUGCGUCCUGAAUCGCAACUUCCCCUUCUUUCUUCAUCUUCCUCUGCCUCUUCUUCCUCUCCCUCUUCCCCAUCACCAUCUCUAUCUCCCUCCUCUACCUCCCCCUCCCCCUCCUCCACCACCUCCACCUCCUCCUCCUCUUCCUCCUCUUCAACAGCUCUUUCUUCCCCGCGGUCGUCAUCAAUCAUCACCCCCCAACAAGCAACAGAAGCCCGCCUCAUCCUCCGCAACUUUGGCGGCCUGCUUCUGAGCGUCAACUGCCUAGUUUUUUACCUCCUCUUCUUGUUCCCUCAUCAUCAUCGUCGAUUUUCUAGCACGGGCCUGCGUCCAGAAAAUGAAAAAGAGGGGGAAGAGCUUAUUAGAGGAAUUACCGGGUGUUUAAGUCUUUACCAUGUGUUUCCGCUUUAUAGAGCUUGGAAGAGGAUUUGUAUGUCCUCUUCCUCCUCCUCCUCCAGAGCUGCGGUGGAUGAAAAUAUAAAGAAAAGGAAGAAGGAUCUGAGAGGGGAGGAGGGGAAGGAGGAUGAGACACAAAAGACACUUGGUGGACCGGUGGUGCAUUUUGUGGUUCACAUGAUUGUGGGAGGCUUGAUGGGUGCUGCUGGUCUUGGACUUUUGUGAGGUUGAUCUUUUGGAAAAAUAUUUAUAUAGCUAAACGGGAAUGUGGGAAGAGUAAGUGCAAAGAAGAGCCUAGUUUACUUGGGGGUUAUCUCAAUUGCGUGCACGGAAUUUGGUCAAGGAAUGGCAUGUUUAUGCUGGGUUUAAUCAAUUGGGGGUGAAUAGAAAGCAGAAUUGGUUAACGUGUCUAUCUACCCAUGUAGCUACAUAACCUGCUGUUUACUCA